AUGGUGGUCAUAUGGAUCAAGGAUGCUUUAAAGCAUCACACAUGGGAUGCUGAUUCUGACAAACUUGUCAAGAUCAAGCUUGACAACAUUAUAACCGCACUUAUAGAUUUUUAUAUACAACUCGAAUCAGAUGUGGGAGCUGUCAAUAAGAAUCCUGACAAACAACCUAGCUGUGAGAAACGCCAAGUGGUGUCCCACUCAAAGACCUCUGAGACCCUACAGCGUCCAUCCAAGCAGCCACAAACAGCUUCUACUAGUACCAAGAAAUCGACAAUCAUAGUUUUAUCCUCUGACAAUCAAAAACACCACAAAUCAGACAAUGACAGUGAUCUGGUAUUCAUCAGAGGUACUUUCCCCAAGAAUCUUACCGGAGGUUCUUUCCCAAAGAAAAACAAGAUCAUUGAACUGUGCCCUUUAUCAAAACCUGGCGAGAACUGCUCCCAAUGCCAGGUGGAAGACCGCCCUGGAGGUAAAGAUCUUGCUUGCCAUUGUGGUGCCAAAAGAAUCUGGCUAAAUGGUGGUUGUGUUAGAGUUGCAAAAAAUCACUGGGCCUCUGAGGCAUGCAAAGAGAAAACUGAUGACCUCAAGGAGACUACUGAGUUAACAUCUUAUUUUGGAAGGUCGGUAACUGCUAAGAACACGAUUGAAAUCGACUGUCCGGGACUCAACGACAAUACAUGGAAACACGACCGAGCUCAAGUUGACUCAUGCACAGAAAUCUCAAUUGAUUACUCUCUAGAUGCUCGAUCGAAAUGGCAGAUCAAGUGCCACGGAGACCGCAAUUCAAUCUACUCUAGCCAGUGUAGUAAAACUUUUAUGGCCAAGAAAACCAUCAAGAACGCUGUCUGUCCAGCUUGUGAAGAUCUCAAACAUCUGCGUAGCUUGAUCAAAGCCCUCAAUAUGAAGUAUGCUGAAGCUGAAACGAUGAAGUACGGCCGCGAUAACUACAUGUCAGAUAACAUCAACACAUUUACACCUACAGUACUAAAGUCUAAACAUGCACGUCUCUUGUCAACUUUGAUUGAGAAGGCUUCAAAGGGAGAUUUCUCUGACUGUUGCAUGGUUCUUGCUGCCUCAGCUCGAAAUGGCUUAUUUGACAAUUGGGAUGCAACAUGCGGGUUGAUCAAGGCUGUUGCAGUCAAAGCUGAACACGAGAAUGCCGGCAAGACUACCCGAGCCUGCGCGCUCUGA